CGCCCUGCAUCAGGGCGGGUCUGCAUGUCUGCAUGUCGGUUUCCUUUGUCAGCGAUUCUCAGCGUUUAGUUCUUGGGCGACAGGUUUGCAGACGCUGCGCGGGUGCGCCAGAGUUUUGAAAUGUGCGUGGGGGCAAGAGUUGCCUUGUUCGGGAAGACUAGGAGAAUGCCCGUAUCGCACCACGAGCGCGGGAGAGAUGGCACCGAGAAGAUGGUACACGCAGCGGUGCUCUACAAAGUAAUUGUAAUCGAAGCCAAGCCUUCCACACCAACGUCCACAACGUCCACCCACUACGCCUCACCAUCGCCCCACACCCUCCUCACCCCUCAGCCAGCACAAGCCACCCCGCCGCCUCACCCACGCUCACCACGUUUCCCUCCCGCACCGCACCGCUCACAUACUCGAACCGCCGCAUCCUCACAAACCCACUCGCGCUCGCGAGGUCCCGGAGCAGCGGCCCCGCAAACCACGCGCCGAACUCGGUCUCCCGCCCCUCCGCGGGCGACAGCGCGAUGCUCGCCAGCGCUCGCGCGACGCCGGAUGUCUGCGACGUGGGGUGCGAGGGCGAUGGGGGGUGCGAGGGCAAUGGGGGCAGCGAAGCGUAAAAUCGUAUAUCAAAGGAUACAUUCGCGUAGAUCCUGCUCACCAGCUCUGGCGAGGGUGUCGCGCCCGCGACGGCGCUGAAUUCGGGCGAGCUCGUGUAGGCUAGGUCUGGGAAUGUGUAGGUGACCAGGAUCGGCGCCGUCGUCGUUUUUGUUGUUGUUGUUGCUGCUGUUGUUGCCGUACU